AUGACGCAUGGUACAGAACAUCAUGUGACUGAUUCGUUGAUCUGCCCUAUAACUCAAGAGAUAUUCUCGGUUCCAGUCAUUGCUGAUGAUGGUUAUUCGUAUGAAGAGUCAGCCAUCGUUGCUUGGAUUCAAGAAAACCAUACAAGUCCUAUGACAAGACAGCCUUUGUCGAUUGGCAGCUUACGUCCCAAUCGUGCAAUUAAAAAUUUAAUAGAAGAAUUCGAAAAUUCAUUACAUUCUGCUGAUUAUCGUUUUAAGUUAGAUGUUGAUGUACGGAAAGAACGUAAUGCAAUAUUUCAGGUAAACACAAAGUCUAUAUUUCGUGCUCAUUGGAUUACACGACGCAGUGCUCCACCUACAGUAUUGUUGAAAAUGAAUGGUAUCCGAGCAAAAAGAGAAGCAUCCUUUUGCGUACAAUUGAGUCGUCAUCCACACAUUAUACGAACAUAUGGAACGGUGGAGCCAACACCUCAAGAUACGAUUAUGUUACUUCAAGAAUAUGCACCCGAAGGAAGUCUUCAUAACCUACUCGAUGAUGUGUCGAGAGUUCCAGAUGAACUGAUUCUAAUUGAAAUGUUUUCACAAAUUGCAGAUGCUAUGACUUAUCUUGCAUACAAUCGAGUGACUCAUGGAGAUCUAGCAUGUAGAAAUAUACUAGUAUUUCGUUUCGAUAAGUACAAUCCUGAAAAUAAUCUUGUGAAAUUGACUGAUUUUGGUCUCACACGACAUAGUUCUAUAUAUGUAUCAGUUGAUAAUGGAUCGGCGCCAAAUGAUUGUAUUCCAAUACGUUAUGCGGCACCAGAGUUGAUUCAAGACCAGACGUGUUCGGAAAAAACAGAUAUGUAUUCGAUGGGUGUAACUAUGUGGGAAGCCUUUUCAAAAGCUAAAAUACCAUGGUAUAACAUUGAAACAGACAAAGAAAUACGUCAACGCGUCACAUCUGGUGAUAAAUUAUCAAAACCGGUAACGUGCAGCGAUGAAACAUGGACUUUAAUGUUGAACACAAUGAACUUGAGUGCACAGGAACGGCCAACAUUUUCCCAAUUAAGACGUUUGUUAACAAAAUUACAAUACCAGCUCGAAAACACAGCUAGAAACCACGGUGAACUGAUGGAGAAAUUUCAAAAAGUGCUUCAAAUUGAAAGAAAUGAAGUUCUCAUAGGCGUAGCUGUCGAACAAGCUUUGGUUAAUUUAAGCGGUUUGAACAUUGAUCAAGCAGGUGCAACGUUUCGACGCAAGCCGAAUAGUCAUAUUACAGUAUUUCGCUUGAGAAUUCCUAGUGAUAAUGAUUUCAGCAAUUUUAUUCGCCACUACCGUAAUCAUUUUAAGACCUUGAUAGUAGAAUACGAGAGAGAGAUGGGAACAGAAUGGGUAACAGUAGACGUGAAUACAAAUAUACUGUAUAACCAUAUGGUGUCGAUUAUUUGUAACUAG